CUCAGCUCCCAGUCUUCUGGAUGCCCCUCCAGUUCUCUCACGUCGUCCCUGUGUCCUGCACUCUUCUCUGCUCCACUCGCCCUUCAGCAGGUCGUCUGACAGAAGCGAUGCUGAGUCUACUGGUGCUCACUGCCACAGUGCUGCUGGCCGCAGCCCCCCAGUCAGAGGCCAUCGUGAUCUACACUGGCUGGGAGAAGCACGCCCUCGUGGGCUCGGAUGUUCGACUCUCCUGUUCCUUUUUCUCCUGGCGAUGGACUUCUGAAGAAGUCACCUUUUCCUGGAGCUACAGACCAGACGGGGCCAAAGAUAGCAUUUCGAUUUUCCACUACACUGGCGGAGCUCCAUACGUGGAUAACAAGGGGCCAUUCCGGGACCGCCUGGAGUUCGUGGGGAAUCCUGCUCGGCGCGAUGGGUCCAUUCUGAUCCGGAACCUGGACUUUAACGAUAACGGAACCUUCACCUGUGAUGUCAAGAACCCACCUGACAUAGUGGGUCGUCCCUCCAGUGUGCGCCUCCUGGUGUUUGAGCAGGUGCCCAUCCAGGCUGGGGUGAUAACUGGAGCCAUUAUUGGGGUGGUUUUGGGUUUGCUGAUACUGGUGGUGGCGAUUUACUAUCUCAUGCGCUUCCUGGUGGCCAGACGAGUGUUCAGCCUGAGUAUGAGCAAACAUGGCAGGAAGGGUAAAGGAAAAGAGGGAUCACAGCAAAAACAGGCUUCUGUUCUGGUGGACCCGUCCAAGCAGAAGGCAGCAGCGUCUGAGAAGAAGAAACAGGAGUCCCGCAGGGAAAAGAAAUAGUGGUUGGGGAGCAGAGAGCUGGAGCUCCAGGGCCUGGGGGCUGAGCCACGGCCCCCUGCCCAGGGCCAGGCACCGGGAGUGGGCAGGCAGCACAGGGAUGACAGGGUUCUCAUGACCAUCGAGCUGGAGCUCACGAAACAGGAGCAGAUAGGUGGAGAGAAGGCCAGGCGUAGCUCCGCUCGGCUUCUCUCCGCCCUCUCUGACUUCGCCCACAAAAUCACCAUCCACUGAGUGAGCUGAGGGUUGGAGGAGGGUUUGGAGGUGAGGAGGAGAGGAGGCCAGAACAGAGUGGAGGAGGCGGAGCACUAGAGCAGAGCCCAACAGAAACCAGCAGCUCAAACCUUCUGAUUUUGCCCACAUGUGUAGUUCAGUAGCAGUAGUUCAGGAGUCCAGUCACAUGGGCCUCUGUACAAAAUCAAACAAAAACAAACACUGUAUAAACUGCUUUGUCAUCAAAAAUGAAAAAAAGCCACAAAUGUUAUAGACUGUAACUAAUGAUAUCUAAAACAAAAGCCAGAUGCUGGUGUUAGUACUGUAACUCAGCCACCCCCAACACACAUACACACACACAAACAUACACACACACAUUCAUGAACUUGCUUGGAGAAAUGUCUGAGGGCACAAAACCAUAACAUUCCUUUUUUUUUCUCUCUCUCUAACUAAACUCUCUACACACAAAAAACACACCUAUAAAUGCACACACACACACACACACACACACACACACACCACUUUCCUGUCUUUUUUAUUAAUUGUGUUAAGAUGUGUGACAGUGAUGGUGUGUCUUUUUUGAACUCUGAGCUCUUUAUUAACUGCCUAUGUCUUAUUUCUCUUUCUCUCCUCCCCUCCCUCUCUCUUUCAUUCUCUUGUUCUCUCUCAUCUGUCAUUUCUCACUGGUUUCUUUCUGUUUCAUCCUUCAUAAUUGAUGUGUCAUAAUUGGCUGCUCAUGUCACUGUAAUGUCACCUGUUUUAAUAUAGGCUGGCCCUUCAAAGUAACUACUUCCACCCUUUUGCAGCUAAACUCAAGAACACACGUGUGGCAUGCACACACACACACACACGCGCACACACACGCACACACACAGUUGAAAUGCUGCCUGAGUCAAAUCAGGAUCUGAGGAAGUGUUCUGUUAACCACAUGAUUAUAUUUCUCUCACCACAGUCUACACAGUCUAGAGACCCACCCACAUAUGCAGAAUGAAUAUCACAUUCAUGAGCAGUAAAAAAAACUUCACUCAGGAAGUGGGGGUAUUUAUCUCACUCAGAGGGUGGGGGUAUUUUUGGCUUCGUAAGGUUACAGUGUAACACACACUAGCUGCACCUAUAACCCAGGCAAAAUUGUGCAUUAGUGUGUGUGUGUGUGUGUGUGUGUGUGUGUGUGUGUGUGUGUGUGUGUGUGUGUGUGUGUGUGUGUGUGUGUGUGUUGUUCUGACUGCAGUGACUGAAACCCACAGAAUGACGAUACUGCUGGCAGAGUGUGAACAUAAAACUUGUUUGCACACACACACACACACACACACACACACACACACAACCAGAAAGUAGGAACUGCAAGUAUACAUGAUACACGUGAUACACUCAUGUUACAACUUCACACUGCAGGCGUGUGCCUUUGUUUCGUGGUUUCAAGCACGAUGUUUUUGCCAUUUCUGAAGGUCCCUCCUCUCUCAGCCUCCUUUCCAUUCACUCUGGUUUUAGUGUCCUGAGGUGAAGGUGUUACUCCACCCAUCCCACUACACACAUCUGUUAGACACUCAUCUCCUCCACUUCUCUUUCCUCCAUCCAUCCCUCAUUCCUGCUCACUUCUGCCACCUACUUCUCACAACAGCCACCUGCUGCCCACAAAGGCCUCAUCGCCAUGACGAUGGCAAAGUCGAUGCUAAUAUACCUAGCUCUCUGCUGACCGUGAAAGAUACAUGUUAUCACGUUAUUUGUGUAUGUAUGUUGAGUUCAAAAACAUGUCUGUAACCCAUCAAGAUAUUUAGACAUCAAAACAUAGAGAAAUAGUGAAGAAUUUAAUUUAAAUGGUGAAGAAACUGGCCGUCAUUGUAUUUAGCUAAUGCUAAUGCUAGUUAUGACAAGCAGUGAAACAGUACACUGGACUUUGUGUGGGAAGCAGAAAUAUAAUUGUAUUUAAUGAUAUUUAUAUCUGCACUUUGUUUUGACUGACAUGGUAGGAUUCAUAUGGCUGUUUCUUUACGUUUUUAUUUCAUCAAGGUGCUAGCAUGCUAGGCUACAGGAAGUACUCCCGUUGGGAGAGGAAGCAAUAGCGAGGAAACUAAGAAGGCGGGAAGUAAUAGGUGAUUGCAUCGAGAAAAAAAUACAGCUCAUAACCUGAGACAGAGUUGGGAUGAAAACUUUAGCCAAAGUCUAUUAAACAUCACAAUCAUGUAAAGGUACGGCUCUCCCAGCAAAACCCUGCUGCUGCAGCUCUCUGGGCUGUAGGUGGCAUCUGGUUGGCAGAGAUGGUGGUGGUUGGACACGCUUUAGAACCGCACGGUGCUUUUGGGACAUGUAGAUGCUGCACACCAGUGGAUUUGAGAGUCAGAUGCUUUUUCUGCAUCUAAGCCCAGAUACAGAUCAGCCAUAUGUUUCCCUCAAGUAAAACUGCAUUAAAAUAGGACGGUAUCUGUGUUGUAUGUAUCAUGCACAUGUAUAUGUUUGCUCUGGUUUUUCUGAUAACAUUUCCUUUCCUUCAUAUGCUAUUUACAGUUUCUAAUUGUUUUUUAUGUUUUAUUUUGAUGUUAACUUGACUAGACUAUUAGAUGUUUUGUUCUGUAAAAUGUGUAAAAAGAAAAUAAAUCUCAAGUUAAAUCA